AUGACACCAACACCCCCUUCUACAAACUCGUCAAGUGCAGGCCACUCUCCUGAUUACAGAGUCGUCCGGAAACGAAACCGGGUACCUUUGUCAUGCGGUCCAUGCCGACACAGAAAGCUGAAAUGCAAUCGUUCCAACCCCUGCGAAAACUGUGUCAAACGAGGCGACGCCGCCUCCUGUAACUACGCGCAAGCAAGUUCCCGAAAGAAGAAUUCGCCCCAGCAGCCCUCGUCGAACUCGCCGGAUGAUAUGCAGAACCGCAUCGAUCGGUUAGAAGGGUUGGUGCUUUCGUUGAUGACAAAUGGAUCCCAGUCUGCUGGUCCGGCGGCUGCUUUAGCUGCUAUUUCGGGAGAAGGCAGUGCUGGAUCGACCGGCCCCUCCCAUGACCUCGAUAUUGACGAGGAUGGUAUGGGCCCCGAAGAGAGCGACACUGAACAGGUGACCAAAUCGUUCGGUAUCAUGAAGAUGGACAAUAACAAGACCUAUUACAUGGGAAACGCUCACUGGGCUUCUAUAUUGAAUGAUAUCUCCGAGGUGCGGAGUUUCUUCGCAACACACAAGAAGCAGUUUGAAGAGCAAUCUGAAAAGGUCAAGGCAGCUCAACCGCCCACUGAUGUACCUGGGUCGACUUUGUUAUUCGGUGUCAUGAAGCCGAUAAGCCGUGGCGAGAUCAUGUCUGCAUUGCCCUCCAAAUACACCACUGAUCUCCUUGUGACACGCUAUUUCAACUGCUAUGACCCUGCAACGCAUAUCCUUCACGGGCCCACAUUUCAAGCACAGUACAAUAAACAUUGGGAAGAUCCUUCUCAGACAGAACUUGUCUGGAUUGCCAUGCUCUUUGCAAUGAUGAGACUAGCAAUGCUAUCCUACUACACCGAAGGCGACGAACCGCCUGAGUUCCGAGGUAAAUCUAUGGACAUGGCAGGAGGAUUCCGAAACUCCGUGGCACAGUGUCUAACCUUGGCCGACUACACAAAGCCCCAUCCGUAUCUGAUUGAAGCACUUGUAUUCCAUCUCCAUGGUGACUUUUCGCAGCAUCGGGAGACUGACGUCUCAAUUUGGGUACUGGCUGGCGUCAUUACCCGCUUGGCAAUGCGAUCAGGAUACCACCGCGACUCCAAAAUGUUCCCGAACAUUACACCUUUCCAGGGUGAGAUACGACGGCGAGUAUGGAGCUUUGUGCGUCAAGCCGACCUGUUAUUCUCUUUCCAGGUUGGGCUGCCAAGCAUGAUCCGCUCCAGUGAUAGUGACACCGAACUACCAAGCAAUUUGUACGAUGAUGACUUUGACGAAGACUGCAAGGAGCUCCCGCCAUCCCGUCCAUUGAGCGAACCCACACCAAUCUCGUACCUGAUUGCCAAGGCACGUUUAUCGUAUGCCUUUGGCCGUGUCAUUGAGCAGAGCUCUGCUAUUUCGAACACCUCAUAUGAGAAUGUCAUGGAAGUUGACGCGGAGCUUCGACAGGCAAGAGACCUGAUUCCUCCCCACCUGAAAAUCAGACCUUUGGAGGAAUGCCAGCUGGACCCUUGCAACCUUAUUAUGUCGCGAUUUGCCGUCAAGGCCGUAUAUGACAAAGCACAAUGUGUGCUUCAUCGACCGUAUUUGGCUCGUGCGAGAGAAAAUCCUCGUUUCACGUAUUCCCGAAGAACGUGUAUCGACUCAGCAAUGGACCUCUUGGAAGUCCAAGCGCUCCUGCACGCAGAACUGCGCAAAGGACGUAUUCCCACUCGUCAGAGUAAAAUCACUUCUCUAAGUUCGACCGACUUCCUACUCUCAGCGACAGUCGUCUCUCUCGAUCUGUACCAAGGCUUGCAAUUGCAGGUGUCAGGACGGCCAUCGGGAGACACGUACACCUGGGGCCGGGAGCGGCGCGAAGAGAUGAUGGCGGCACUUCAGCGCUCGAAAGAGAUCUGGGAUGAAAUGCGAGAUGAGAGCAUGGAAGCAUACAAGGCAUCCAGCGUUCUUGGUGUGAUGCUCAGCAAAUUGGCCAUGGCGGCCCCUACCCUUGAGAACAGUGCUGGUGCCGCUACAUUUGAGCCCCAAGACGAGAAGCAGAAUGCGGCGAUGACUCUUGGCUUGCUGAGCAGCGGAAUGAGUCCAAUGAACCCGGGCCCGCCUCCAUUCUCUGAUCCCAUGUUCAAAAUGGGAGACUCGCCAAUGCCUGCAGGCGUAGGCACUUCGGCCGAAAUGCCGGGUGGUCCACUCUCGCCAUUUAGUAGCAUGUUCGGUCAAAUGCCGGACAUGCAAGUUAAUCUUGACUGGGACGCGUGGGACACAUACCUCCAAAACCCAACCCUCGACUCAUCAAACCAAUUCUGGCCCAUGAUGGAUGCCCAACGACAGCCAACGCCUCAAUCAGGAGGCAUGUCACAACCUUCGGUAUCAAGUCCUCUCGCAUCCACCCGGGUACCGUCAAUGUCAAGCAACGGAACUGCUCCAGGCAUGCAACGACUACCGACAAUGUUUACACCCCCAUCUAAUAGUUCUGACAGCGGAGGUGCGCCGCUGUCUGGGCAUUGCUUCCGCCGGGCCGUUUCUCGGCUUCAAUUGUCGCCAGCUACCCCCAUCUCCUCCAUUACCCCUGGCACAGUAUCGCGAUCAAAAUGUAUCCCCUCAACGUCGGUGUUCGCCGCCGCGCGGUUCGCCAACGCCACGCAGAUGAGAUGGAACUCUCAGGGUGUGCCAAUCCGCUACACUAAACCGAGGACCUUUGAUGAGCGAGGCACCCCAGCUGCUAGGCAGCCGAGAAGUAAUUACGUGAGGGAAGAUCCGUCGCCAAAGACCACGGUCUACGUUGGAAACCUGUUCUUCGACGUGACUGCCGAAGAUCUGCGCCAGCAAUUUGAACAAUUCGGCGUGGUGGAGAACGCAGUUAUCGUGCAUGAUUCCCGAGGAUUGAGCAAAGGCUUCGGUUAUGUAACCUACAGCACCACUGAGGAAGCCGGCAAGGCCAUCAUGGAAGCAGAUGCUUCUGUCAUCGAGGGCCGCGAGGUCACUGUGCAAUACGCAAAUACCGUUUACCGCGCCAAGAGUGAAGAAGCCCCCUCCAAGUGUCUGUACAUCGGCAACAUUCCCUACGAAUUGACGGACCUGGAUCUGCAGGCUCUGUUUGAGGAUAUCCAGGGCGUGGAGGAUAUCCGUAUUCCCGUUGACCGUCGCACAGGCUUGCCGCGUGGGUUUGCCCAUAUUGAUUUCCUUGACCAGUGGAGCGCCACUGACGGCAAGGAGAAGCUGUCUCGCAGAGCGCCGUAUGGUCGCAAGUUGAGAGUCAGCUAUGCCAGACGCAAGAUUAUGAACCCGGAAUCACAUGAGCGUCACCAGAUGAAGAAGUUGGAGAAGAAGGAGAAAGAGAUGGAGAGAGAGAAGAACAAACGCCUUGCAGCUGCCCAGCCAGCUGGUGAGGUUGUUUCGGAGGAGUGA